AUGGGCUCCACUAUACAACGCUGUCUGACUUCCCAGGUACUCCGCCAAACACAACGGCAGCAGCAACGACGAUACGGUCGGAGUUACUCGAAUGCUUCCGCGAGUGCGGUCGAUCACUGGAUCCAGUCAAUGGUGACUCGACCUAAGAAGGUUUCGCACGACACCAUUGAUGUCGAGCGGGCGAGUCAAUUGAAGCGUAUUCUGCCUACUCGUCAAAAAGGAGAUUAUGUCCAAGAUGCACAUAUCGGGGAAAUUCUUCCACCUUCACAUCAUCUGGUCUUCUUUAGGCCGAAGCCUAUGCUGCGUGAUUUAGGUUCGGAUGGAUCCUCAACUGAAUACAAUGCUCCCAACCCAUAUACUAGACGUAUGUGGGCAGGAGGAAAGAUGAUGUGGUCCAACAAAACUUCACUGAGAAUAGGAGAUGAAAUGACUCAAAUCGUUACUGUGCCCAAAGUGGAGCUGAAAAAGGAUAUGAUCUUUGUUCAUCAACAGUUAUCCAUUUAUCCAGGCAUCAUCUCAGAUGCGAACGAAGCUUGGGCUGUGAAAGAGAUUCGUACACAUGUAUUCAGGAAACAAGAAGAUCCGUUGAAAACAAGCGCUCCGAUUCAAGAGAAGAAUACGAAUGCUAUCACUUACGAUGACGAGAUAAACGCAUCAGAUACAGAUCAGGCGCCUGUUUCGUUUCAGUACACUCCAAAUACACCAUCAUUGUUCUUAUACUCUGCUCUUACUCAUAAUCCACAUAAAGUACAUUAUGAUCACCCCUGGACCAUCAAUAAAGAACGCCAUCCAGCACCUUUAGUUCACGGUCCUCUGAAUGCAACUUUACUUGUAGAAUUGGCCUCGGGAUUUGACGAUAGAUUGUUGAAAUCUUUUUCCUACAGAGCUACUGGUCCAAUGAUAGUAGAUAAAGAGAUAAAGAUGACGGGAAAGUGGAAUGAUAGGGGAUUAUUGGAAUUGGAUGCCGCACAAGGCGGUAAGAUAGGUAUGAAAGCUACGGCGGAAUACCAUUGA